AUGGUUAAAAAACCAACAAUAUCAAUGACUUAUGGCAAAGUUGUCUUCUACAUUCUCUUGGUUAUAUUUAUUAUCCAAGUUGAAUUUUCACAGGCAGAAGCAACGAAUAUAAAUAGCGAUUUGAUUAAAAAAUUGGUAAUUGAAGCAGCGAAACAUGAUGAUUGCUCACGUCGUAUAACAGUUCAGCAUAUAUUACCAUUACGUUUUCGUCGUGCUCCAACAAACAGCAAAUUUCCAUGCGUUAUAAAAUUAGUUUAA